GAAAGGACUCAGUGGUCCUUCUGUUUUUUAUUUACUGAAGAGGAAAAUCAAAUAUAUUGUCAACACAGGCCAAGCCAGAAAGGAAGCCAGGCAGAGAGAAUUGAAAAAGAAUUAAAAGUGGUUUUUUCAGCCCUGACACUGCGCAUGUGUGGCCUAUGAUGGAGGAUUUGGAACCUGAGCGGAAGCAAGUUCGCCUGAACCAAGCCACUGCGGGUGGGAGCCGCUCCAAGGACGAAGAUGAGGACUACGUGCCCUACGUGCCCUUGCGGCAGCGCAGGCAGCUUCUGCUCCAGAAGCUGCUGCAGCAAAGACGCAAGGGAGCUGCAGAGGAAGAGCAACAGGACAGUGGCAGUGGCAGUGAGCCCCGAGGAGACGAGGACAAUAUCACGCUGGGUCCUCAGUCCAAUGUCAGCCUCCUGGAUCAGCACCAGCACCUCAAAGAGAAGGCUGAAGCACGCAAGGAGUCCGCCAAGGAAAAGCAACUGAAGGAAGAAGAAAAGAUUCUGGAGGGUGUGGCUGAAGGCCGAGCCUUGAUGUCAGUGAAGGAAAUGGGCAAAGGCAUUACCUACAACGAUCCGAUCAAAACUAGUUGGACACCCCCGCGCUAUAUCCUGAGCAUGUCAGAAGAGCAGCAUGAGCGUGUUCGGAAGAAGUACCACAUCCUGGUGGAAGGAGACGGUAUCCCGCCACCCAUCAAGAGCUUCAAGGAAAUGAAGCUCCCUGCAGCUAUCCUUCGAGGCCUGAAGAAAAAGGGCAUCCUCCACCCAACACCCAUUCUGUCUGGUCGGGACAUGAUUGGCAUCGCCUUCACGGGGUCAGGCAAGACACUGGUAUUCACACUGCCCGUCAUCAUGUUCUGCCUGGAACAAGAGAAGCGGCUGCCUUUCUCCAAGCGGGAAGGACCUUAUGGACUCAUCAUCUGCCCCUCGCGAGAGCUGGCUCGGCAGACCCAUGGCAUCCUGGAGUAUUACUGCCGUCUGCUGCAGGAAGACAGCUCCCCUCUCCUGCACUGCGCGCUCUGCAUCGGGGGCGUGUCGGUGAAGGAGCAGAUGGAGACCAUGCGACAUGGUGUCCACAUCAUGGUAGCCACAACGGGCCGCCUCAUGGAUUUGCUGCAGAAGAAAAUGGUCAGCCUAGACAUCUGCCGCUACCUGGCCCUGGAUGAGGCUGACCGCAUGAUCGACAUGGGCUUUGAGGGUGACAUCCGUACCAUCUUCUCCUACUUCAAGGGCCAGCGGCAGACUCUGCUCUUCAGUGCCACCAUGCCGAAGAAGAUUCAGAACUUCGCCAAAAGUGCUCUGGUCAAGCCCGUCACCAUCAGUGUUGGUCGUGCUGGAGCAGCCAGCCUUGACGUCAUCCAGGAGGUGGAAUAUGUGAAGGAGGACGCCAAGAUGGUGUACCUGCUUGAGUGCUUGCAGAAGACGCCCCCACCUGUACUCAUCUUUGCAAAGAAGAAAGCAGAUGUGGAUGCCAUUCACGAAUACCUCCUGCUCAAAGGAGUUGAGGCUGUGGCCAUUCAUGGGGGCAAAGACCAGGAAGAGCGGACCAAGGCCAUUGAGGCAUUCCGGGAAGGCAAGAAGGACGUCUUAGUGGCCACGGAUGUGGCCUCUAAAGGCCUAGACUUUCCUGCCAUCCAGCACGUCAUCAACUAUGACAUGCCUGAAGAAAUCGAGAACUAUGUGCACCGAAUUGGCCGAACUGGGCGUUCGGGAAACACGGGCAUCGCCACCACCUUUAUCAACAAGGCCUGCGAUGAGUCAGUGCUCAUGGACCUCAAAGCCUUGUUGCUGGAGGCCAAGCAGAAGGUACCACCUGUUCUGCAAGUGCUGCACUGUGGGGAUGAGUCCAUGCUGGACGUCGGAGGAGAACGGGGCUGCACCUUCUGUGGAGGCCUUGGUCAUCACUGACUUCCCCAAACUCGAAGCUAUGCAGACUAAGCAGGUCAGCAACAUUGGCCGCAAGGACUACCUGGCACACAGCUCCAUGGACUUCUGAGCUUCCCUCUCCUUCCCAAGAGUCAAGUCCCAGGACAUCAGCCAUGUGCACACCAGCCCUCAAGACAAGAAGCCAGCCUCCUUGGCCCAGCUGGCCUGGGCCACCCCAGUGUUCUCUUCCCCAGCUGCCAUUAAAGCACAAUCCCUUAAAAAAAGAAAGAAAGAAAGAAAGAAAGAAAGAGAACAAAAAACAGUGCAUGAUGGUUCGAGCUGCGGCUUUGAAGAUGAAAGAUCCCAAACAGAUUAUCUGGGACAUAGAGACCCUGGAUGCAAUGGAGUUUAACCCAGUGCAACAGCUGAAUGAGAAAGUACUGAAAGCCAAGCUGAAAAGGCUGCGGGAAACGUUUGAAAGAAUUCUACACCUUUAUCAAAAAGAAAAUCCAGAUUUGUACAAAGAAUUGAGACAGCUACAGGUAGCAUAUGAACAAAAGAGAAAUCAACGGAUCCAGUAUUUUGAUGCGGUCAAGAACGCUCAGCAUGUGGACUUAGAGAGCAUCCCUUUGCCAGACAUGCCCCAUGCUCCUUCCAAAGUCUUCAUCCAGGACAUUCCCCUUCCUG